GAAUGAGACAUGUAGCGAGUUUGUGGAUACUCUGUGUUCCAUCAGAUCUUAUUCAAAUGUCAGCAAUUUGCGUGCCAGCUCGGAGUAAGCCCAGUGAAACCGGGGGCGAAGAUUCGGCUGAUUCCAACCUAGCAAAGCGCAGAUGCGCUUCACCGUCAGGAAGCAGUGAGCAGCACAGAUUAGAUUGUGAGAGGGAAGAUUACUUAUGCGACGUGUCUGUUAUUUUGCCAUUUCAUGAUGCAGCGAGGUGGUUGGACGAAUGCCUGCAGUCGGUUCUGGAGCAGGAUUUCCAGAGAUCCAUGCAGUUAUCCGUUUUCAAUGAUGCCAGCAAGGAUGACUCUAUGAAAAUUAUUAGAAAAUGGGCGACCAAACUUGAAGGUAGAGGUGUACAUGUUGUGAUUGGUGGACAUGAGUCUCCACACCCAAAAGGAGUGGGUUUUGCCAAGAAUCAGGCCAUUGUACAGAGUUUUGGAAGGUUCCUUUGUUUCCUCGAUGCGGACGAUGUCAUGAUGCCACAAAGAGUGAGGCUGCAGUAUGAAGCUGCCCUUAAACACAACAACUGCAUCAUUGGUUGCCAAAUUAAGAGAGAACCUGAAGGCUCCACUGAGCGUUACACUCGUUGGAUCAACACCCUGACACAGGAGCAGCUAGUGACACAGGUGUUCACGUCCCAUGGUCCUACUGUCAUCAUGCCAACUUGGUUCUGCUCUCGAAAAUGGUUUGACUACGUUGGAAAGUUUGAUGAAGGUGGAAAAGGUGUUCCUGAAGAUCUAUUAUUCUUUUAUGAAAAUCUUCGAAAGGGAGGAAGCGUAUUUCGAGUGGAUCACUGUCUGCUUCUCUAUCGCUAUCAUUCGGAGGCUGCAACUCAUGCUGUGUUAGAAGAGACCAUUUGGAAGAACCGUGUGGCAUUCCUAGAAGAGCGAGUUCUGAGUAGUUGGCCUUCAUUUACCAUCUGGAAUGCUGGGAAACAGGGCAGGAGGUUGUACAGAAGUCUGUCAGCAACCAAUCAGAAAAAGGUUGUAUCUUUUUGUGAUGUGGAUCAAAGUAAGAUAACAAAGGGUUUCUACACUUACCAAGAGUCAAAGGACAAACCAAAGCCAAAAAUUCCCAUUUUCCAUUUUACAGAUGCCAAGCCCCCUUUCAUCAUUUGUGUAAAACUGGACCUGACAGGUGGAGGAUUUGAAGGAAACUUGAAUUCACUGAUGUUGAAGGAAGGUUUGGACUACUAUCAUUUCAGCUAAGGACCCCUGCUACUACUACUAUAUUGUUGACUACGCCAGUGCCUGCAGGAAAAUAGAAAAUAAUUUUGUCUCAUUACAGAUUUUAUUACAGUUAAUUCAACAGGAGAUUGAAUUUGUUUGAGAAGACUUUUCAGUGGGGCCUUGUGUUUCUGGUAAUGCUUUGGGGACAUGGUUCAUGCUUGCAGUUGAAUUCAUAGAUCACAUUGAACUAAAAUCUGUCUAAGUGACAUUAAUAAUUAUCAGAAAAUUCUAUUCGAAAGAAUAAAAGUGCUCCUCCAGCAGAACCUUUUAAACCCAUGACCACUACCCUGGAGAAGGACAAAGGACAGCAGAUACAUGGGAACACCAGCAAGUUACCCUCCAAGCCACUAUAUCGCUGCUCUGCCAAAACCAUAAAACUCACUUCCGGAAGCAUUGUGGGUGCAUCUAUAUCAUAAAGACUUUAGUAGUUCAAGAAGGCAGCUCAUUGCUUCCUUCUCCAGGCAAUUGGAGAUGAGCAAUGAACGCUUGACUGGCUGCCAAUCCUCACAUCCCUUCAAUGAAUACUGAAAACAAACUUGCAUUUUAGAAUAAUCUUCACAACCUGUGUAUGUCUCAUUUUAAAGCCAGGUUCUAGCCAGGUUUUUCUAAGGAAUUUACUUUGCUGAUAGAUUUUCAAGCAUCAUUGUUUACAGCUUUGAUCAGAUUCAUAGGAUUUCUUUCCUGGCUUCCUUCCUGCAGUAUUGUAUUUUGAACUUCAAUGUCAAUUUACAAAUAAAAUCUAACAGGAGAAAGAAACUCUGAUCAGGGCAAAAGCUGUCCAACACUAUAAUGGAGUAAUAUCCCAAAGUGUAUGGAUUCCAAGCAGGUAGAAACGUAAUUUACACGCAGAGAACCAGCCAUUUGUAAUAUGUCCUUGUUCAGUGAGAAAGCCAUCCGGUUUAUGCUGGCCUUUCAAUUCAAGGGAUGACAGUGGGGGUUGAAUCUGAAGUUCCACCUCCAAUUCUCCCAUUUCAAAUGAAUUCCCUGGCUCUGCACCAUGCACAGAAAAUGUUAUCAAUGCCAAAAGGAUCCCACAGUCUUGGCAAUACAAGGGUGAGAAACAUCAUUUUCUCCCAAGCCACUCCAUGUCUUCACGGUGGAAUAGAACCAUUCCAGUGUUUUGUAUAAUCCAUCAUUGAACCAAUCCUGCUGGUGGUAUGCAACCGCCACUCCAGUUUCGGUGAAAGCAGCUCUUUCACUCAUGAGCGUGCGUACUCUGCAGACCCUGAUGACUACACCAUGGUACAUAUGAAAUGCUGUAAGAAUGCAGUGUUCACAUUCAGGCCUCCCUCAAUCAGAUCACAGACAUUCAGAACUACUACAUGGCUUUUCUUGCCAAACCUGGAGAAUGAAUCGCCCUUACAAACCUUGGAUAAUUGCAGCUGGAGCCUUGUCUAUCAUCUUGAAUGCCUCCUGGGCAGUUGUACAUGUGACACAUCACUCAAGGAGGCCAGAAUCAAACUGGUUGAGCAGCCUUUAGUUUUGGUGACAAUGAGGUGAGUGUUUGAAUUAUUGCACAAAAGAGAUGAAAAAGCAGAUUACAGUCUUGUACACACAGACACACGUAUUAUUGCAAUUAUAUUGGCAACUUAGUUUUAUUUAAGUAUAUGUGAUGAUUUUUGUUGCUGUCUGUUAUUCUGUUGACCUCAUGGCUAGAGUUAAUGUGGUAAUAGAUACUCACAAGCCUUCUGGGUAUGUCCUUCCAUUCUGAAAGAUGUCUAUUCUGCAUUUCAUUCCUGGAUGUGUCUAUGUAUGUACAUUGGUCAACCCUUUGUAGUAA